AUGGCAGAAGAUGAUAUUGAAAAGCUUCUCUACUUUAAAACAGUGGUCAAGGAGAUCCUGAGAUUGUAUCCACCAUAUCCACUUCUAGUGCCAAGACAAACAAUUGGGAAAUGCUACAUACGUGAACAUGAGAUUCAACCAGAAACGCUGGUAUUCGUCAAUGCAUGGGAUCCUGAACAUUGGAAAAAUCCAAUUGAAUUCUGGCCUGAGAGGUUCCUCGAUAGUGCUAUUGAUUACAGGGGAUUGGAUUUUGAGUUCAUCCCAUUUGGUGCUGGAAGGAGCGGAUGUCCUGGAAUUUUAAUGGGAAUCAUUUGA